AUGACAUGCACUAAUGGUGAUCCUGAUAAACAUCUCGAAAUGGUGAGUGUAAAGCAUUUGUUCCAGAAUUCGAUAUCCAGGCAUGAAUCUAGCGCUGGUAAACGAUUUUCAAAAUCCCUUGGUAGAUUCUUCAAGCAGAAUGCUGUUUCGAAAACUCAUAGAACUGAAACGGGAAAUCACAACAUAGAGUUGAAAAAAAAAGAUGGCGUUACUUUACUGCCUCCUGUCUCCGAAUCAUUAUUACAUAAAGUCAAUUAUUGGCUCGAAACUUUUUUUUCUCCCGCUAAGAAGAUGCAAAUCGAAGAAAAUAAGAUCGUUAUUAAUGAAAAAGAGAUUCGAGAUUCGGUUUCUUACUAUCCUGAUAAGAAUGGAGGAAGUGUUGUGUUUUGUUGCUUGCCCGACCUUGUGUUAUAUUAUAAGCCGCCAAUAAAAGUAACAGGCAAGCAAUGUCCAAUAAAGAGAAGUCCUUGGGAAUCGAUGGAGAUCCAAUAUCAAAAGUUUAUGUAUCCCUUGGAAAGGCUAGAGAGACAGUUUGAGGAAGUUCCUUUUAGGCCCUGGUAUUUCGCAAUGCGAUUAAAGGAACUUUAUAGAUGCUGUGAAAGGUCUUUUACUAACGCGGCAAAUAGAGGUAAGGCAAGGUUAUUGCGCGGGAAGCAAAGAACGAAAAAAUCGUAUCAUGAAACUGUCAACUUAGUCUCAAUGAAGAUUUGCACUUAUCCAAAUGCACCAUCACCUCGGUGA